AGUGAGGGCGGCCCGGGCUCCACCACCACGAGGGUAGCGGCAGCAGCAUAUAACCCCUCCGGGCUUUCUCGUCCUUUCUCUUCAUCGCUGCAGCAUGCCGGGCCAGGUCCUCAGCGGGAAGGUGGUGUCCGGACUGGUCCGAGAGCGCCUGAAAAAUGAAGUUCUGGCUAUGCAGGAGAAAUGCUCUGGCUUCUGUCCUGGACUGGCAAUUCUGCAGGUGGGAGACAGAGAUGAUUCUAAUCUGUACAUCAGUGUGAAGCUAAAAGCUGCUGCAGAGAUUGGUAUUAAUGCAAGUCAUAUCAAGCUGCCAAGGAGCGCAACUGAAACAGAGGUUCUGAGCAGGAUAAAAGCUGUUAAUGAGAACCCUAACAUUCAUGGAUUGAUUGUUCAGCUGCCUCUGGAAUCGGAUCACAAACUAAAUACAGAAAAAAUCACCAAUGCGGUGUUGCCUAGCAAAGAUGUGGAUGGUUUAACUUGUAUAAAUGCUGGUAAACUGGCUAGAGGAGAUCUCGGUGACUGCUUUAUCCCCUGUACACCAAAAGGAUGCCUUGAUCUCAUCCGACAAACAGGGAUGCAGAUUGCAGGGAAACGAGCAGUAGUGAUUGGCCGCAGUAAGAUUGUGGGUGCUCCUAUGCAUGACUUACUGUUGUGGAACCAUGCCACUGUCACCACUUGUCACUCAAAGACAGAGGCACUUAGUGAAGAGGUAAGCAGAGCAGACAUUCUUGUGGUGGGCGCUGGUAAACCGGAGAUGGUGCGGGGUGAAUGGAUCAAGCCUGGAGCUAUUGUGAUAGACUGUGGCAUUAACUAUGUACCAGAUGCUACCAAAGCCUCCGGGAGACGGGUUGUUGGGGAUGUGGCUUAUGAAGAAGCAAAGGAUAAAGCAUCGUACAUCACUCCAGUCCCAGGUGGGGUUGGUCCGAUGACUGUAGCCAUGCUGAUGGAGAACACAGUCGAGAGCGCAAAAAGUUCCCUUGAAACAUUCCAACCAGACAAAUGGAAUAUAGAGUGCACCAAGAUCCAGGUGCAGACUCCAGUGCCCAGUGACAUUGUGAUCUCCCGAUCCCGUGUGCCCAAACCUAUUUCACGGAUUGCGGAAGAGAUCGGCCUGCUCCCAGAAGAGGUGGAGUUAUACGGCCAGACGAAGGCCAAAGUCCUGCUAUCCACUGUCAGACGGCUGCAGGGCCAACAAGAUGGGAAAUACGUGGUUGUGACUGGUAUAACGCCCACCCCGCUGGGUGAAGGGAAGAGCACGACGACCAUUGGUUUGGUUCAGGCUCUGGGCGCUCAUUUGAAUCUCAAUGCGUUUGCCUGCGUCAGACAGCCUUCUCAAGGCCCCACGUUUGGAAUCAAAGGAGGUGCAGCUGGAGGAGGAUAUUCACAGGUCAUCCCGAUGGAAGAGUUUAACCUCCACCUGACGGGGGACAUACACGCCAUCUCCGCUGCAAACAACCUGGUGUCUGCCGCUAUUGACGCUCGGAUCUUCCAUGAGCUGACACAGUCUGACAAGGCGCUGUAUAGCCGUCUCGUUCCUUCUAGCAACGGAGUGCGCAAAUUUUCAGAUAUUCAGAUUCGAAGACUUAAGAGACUGGGCAUCGAGAAAACAGAACCUGCAGCUUUAACAGAAGAAGAAAUCACCAAGUUUGUAAGACUGGAUAUCGACCCAGACACCAUCACUUGGCAGAGAGUAAUGGACACAAACGAUCGAUUCCUACGGAAAAUUACAAUUGGCCAAUCCCCAACAGAGAAGGGCUUUACCCGAACGGCCCAGUUUGACAUCUCUGUAGCGAGUGAAAUCAUGGCUGUCCUCGCUCUGACUGAUGGCCUAAAUGACAUGAGAUUACGGCUGGGGAAAAUGGUUGUGGCUACAAGUAAACAAGGGAAUCCUAUCACCACUGAAGACUUGGGUGUCAGCGGUGCGCUUGCAGUCCUGAUGAAGGAUGCUAUAAAACCGAAUCUGAUGCAGACAUUGGAGGGGAAUCCAGUGUUUGUUCAUGCUGGACCUUUCGCUAAUAUUGCUCAUGGUAAUUCCUCUAUCCUGGCUGAUAAAAUGGCACUGAAACUGGUUGGCCCAGAAGGAUUUGUUGUGACUGAGGCUGGCUUUGGUGCAGAUAUUGGGAUGGAAAAGUUUUUCAAUAUCAAGUGCAGAUACUCUGGUUUGCGCCCUCACGUGGUUGUUCUGGUAGCUACAGUGCGGGCAUUAAAGAUGCACGGGGGAGGUCCCACGGUGACUGCUGGGGUGCCUUUACCAAAGGAAUAUACUGAGGAGAACCUGGAGUUGUUGGAGAAAGGCUGCAGCAACCUCAAUAAACAGAUUCAGAAUGCCACUAUGUUUGGUGUCCCCGUGGUGGUAGCAGUUAAUGCUUUCAAAACUGACACACAGAGUGAGCUGGAACUGGUCUGUCGUCUCGCUAAGGAGGCCGGAGCGUUUGAUGCUGUGAAAUGCAGUCACUGGGCAGAAGGAGGGAAGGGAGCUGUGGCGUUGGCGCAGGCAGUACAGACUGCAUCCCAGGCUCCCAGCGACUUUAAGUUACUGUACAACGUGGAGCUGCCUAUUGCUGAUAAGAUCAGGAUUAUUGCCCAGAAAAUAUAUGGGGCAGAUGACAUUGAACUUCUCCCAGAGGCUCAGAAAAAGGCUGAAUUAUACACGAAACAGGGGUUUGCAAAUCUACCAAUCUGCAUGGCUAAGACCCAUCUGUCUUUGUCUCAUAACCCGGAGCUGAAAGGUGCCCCAAAAGGUUUUGUUCUGCCCAUCCGUGACAUAAGAGCCAGUGUUGGGGCUGGAUUUCUGUACCCGCUAGUAGGAACGAUGAGCACCAUGCCGGGUCUCCCAACUAGGCCGUGCUUUUACGACAUCGAUCUGGAUCCCGAAACAGAACAAGUGAACGGCCUGUUCUGAGGGCACAGAGUACAGGUUGUGACACCGGAUGAUCCUCUUUCAAGCCAUAGCGUAGUUGCCAAUGACAUUCUACUAUAGAUCACUUUUACUUUGUCAUGUUGUGAAAACUGUUUUAAGUGUUUCUUCCCUGUGGGCAUUUUAAACCUGUCACAUGGAGAAAAACAAAGACUGGAUGAAUUUACAUAA